AUGCCGGAAUCGACAAUUAUUUCCGACCAAAGCACCAAGGUCACCCAGGCCACAGCCACCUUUACCGGCCAGGUGUUUUCCAACAUCAUGCAUCUCGACAAAAGCGCUGGAAUUGCCAGUGUCACAUUCAACCCGUGCGCUCGAACUCACUGGCACACUCACGUUGAGGGGCAAAUGAUUCAUGUACUCUCGGGCAGCGGAUGGAUUUGCGACAAGGGAGGGAAAGCCAAGCGGAUUAGGGCUGGUGAUACGAUCUGGGCCUCUCCUGGGACGACUCAUUGGCAUGGGGCUGAUGAUGAGUCUGUUAUGACGCAUCUUGUCAUGGUUACUGGUGAAACGAAUUGGCAUGAACCCGUUACUGAGGAGCAUUCAAAUAGUGAUAACUGA